AUGUUUGAUCAGAAGAAUACCGGCAUCAUCUCCGUGCUUGACGGAAAAUGCCAUUUUAAGAGAGGCACAGUAGAGCGCUUCACGCUGAUUCUUUUGGAAACCUGGGCACGGAAAGGCAAAUGCUUUGUGCAGCCCACGAGCAUAGUUCGGAACCGGUUCGGCGCCAACCACUACGCGGCGUUUGUGAACUACAACACGGAGGAGUGGCUGGAGAAGAAGACGGGUGGGGUGAGGGAAGAGGCGUAUCAAUGCAUCCUCAGCUUUGGGGGUCCGUUUAUUUGGACAUUGACGCCGAAGGACUUCACGUCGGAUAAGUGCAAGCAGAGGGUGACUUUCCGCUUUAAGGCGCAGUUGGCUGACUUGCUGGUGGAUCUGGAAUCUACGGAGACACAGUUCAUCCGAUGCAUCACGCCCAACGUGGAGGCCAGUCCCAGCACUCUGAACAACUGUCUUAAAUCACCAGGGAUGCCCUGUACGCCGUUGGGUGGAGCAAUUUUGGCAAAUAUUUUUGUCUCAUCAUGCCGCAGGCAACGCUCAAGCUAUACAAGCAAAAAAAACUUUAAAUUUGCCGCAACGAACUUCCUCAUCUACCACUAG